CAGGCCAAUAUGAGGUGUUUGUUUCUGAUUGGUUUCCUGCUGCUCGGGGGCGGAGUUAAUGCAGCCCUUAAUAACAUGGGGAAGGAGUUUAUGCUCUGUUUCAUGGACAACCAAAUAUAUUCUGGCGGCUCAUCAUUUGACAUCGAAGUUUUUAUGACUACAACAUCAAAUGUAGAUGCACAGGUCAAUGUAACCACGCCAUUAUUUGACGCCACCUGGUUGCAACAACUUACUGUUAGUCGGGGUACCAUAACUCCACUGAAUAUUCCUGCUACUAUCCGUGGUGAGGGGACAAGCAUUGCUGGCUUAGGAGUACACUUUAUUUCAACAGAGGACAUAACCGUUUAUGCUGUAAAUAAAGAAAAGUUUUCUACCGACGGCUUUGUAGCAUACCCCGUCGAUGCAAUAGGCAAUGAUUACGUGGCCGUUUCUUCUGUUGAUACUCCUGAAAUUAUGGUAGCUGCUGUUACCGACGGGACAGAUGUGUCAUUUCAAAUAUCAAACAGUUAUGCAGAUUCGUUUUCAUACCAAGGGGUAACUUAUGCAGCUGGCGACACAUUGACAGUAACAAUAGAUCGAUUCCAAACAUUCCAUUUAUUCAGUGCUUUAGGUGAUCUAAGCGGUACAAGAAUAACUUCAACAGCUCCCAUCUCGGCAUUCAGUGGAAACUACAAAACAACCGUACUAGAUACAAAUACUGAAAUAACAUCAGAUCAUUUGGUCGAGCAACUGGUCCCAACACAAAGCUGGGGAAAGAAUUUCAUCACUUUCCCAUCACCAGAACGUGUUAUUGGUGACUUCGUACGCAUUUUUGCCUCCGAAGAUAACACGAUCUACACUGUGGACGGUGUUGAUCACACUCUUCAAGCGAACGAAUAUGAUAUCCAUAAUUUUCCUCAAAAUCAAUACACCUGGGUGAAUGCUUCGAAGGGAAUUCAAGUGGCUGUUUACAGUAAAACUAUCGGUAAAUCAUAUACAAACGAUGGAGUAAAUGGUGGAGACCCUGCUAUAUCUAUUUGCGCUCCAGUCGAAUUGUACCACGCGGAUUACACGUGGAGUACAGUAACCACUACAGCUGGCGAUUUUAACAAUUACAUCAUCGUCGUCACCUUGAGAGAUUAUGCUGAUGACCUUGUAUUAGAUAACGCUAAUAUGACUGCUACUUGGGUAGAUGUUCUUGGCAACAGUGAUUACAUCGGUACAUUUGUCAGCGUCAGUCCUGGCUCUCACAAUAUUUACAAUACUGUACCAGCUCAUCCAUUUCUUGGAAUAGCCUAUGGAAAUGCUCAGUAUAAUUCUAUUGCAUAUGCAGCCCGGAACGCGCCUUGCUCCUAUUAA